UCUAUCUCUUGCGCCGGUCGUUAGGUUGCGCCGCACUAAUCCCCAUCACAACAACCAACGCAUUUGACAGUAAAUUUGAUAUUUUUUUGAGAAAGAUAAGUGGCGUCACGUUACGUUGGUCUACUCAAAUUCUGCGGUUCGGUCCCUCUUGAAAUGAUUUAUCUUCACGAACGGUAGUUGGUGCCAAAUCUUCCUGCUUGUGACCCACCCACAAACAAGGCUCAUCAUGCUGCGAGAGAGCUCCAAGGCGUGGAGCAACGGCUCUGAGGCCUACAGCAGUGACCCGGAGGAGGAUGAGGAGGAGGAGGAGGAGGAAGAGGACAUGGUGUUUGGGGAGAACGACCAGGACGGCGUUGGCGAGGAGAUGAUGGACCUGAGCGACCUGCCCACCGCGCUCUUCGCGUGCGGCGUCCACGAGAUGGUGUUUGAAGAUGACAUGGACAGGGAGAGAUUUGAGGCGGCGUUUCGGAUCUACGACGAUCAGGCAACCUUCCAACUGUUCAAAAGCUUCCGGAGAGUCCGGAUCAACUUCAGCACACCCGAAGCAGCCGCCCGCGCCCGUAUCGAGCUACACGAGUCGGAGUUCAACGGCCGCAAACUCAAACUGUACUUUGCCCAGGUCCAAAAUGGUGACGAGGACAUCGAUAAAUCCUACCUAGCGCCCCCACAGCCCGUCAAACAGUUCCUGAUCUCGCCGCCCGCCUCGCCGCCCGUAGGCUGGAGUCAGAGCGAGGACGCCACGCCGGUCAUCAACUACGACCUGUUGUGCGCGGUCGCCAAGCUGGGACCUGGUGAGAAGUACGAGCUGCAUGCUGGCACGGAGUCCACCCCGAGCGUGGUGGUGCACGUGUGUGAGAGCGAGACGGAGGACGACGAAGCGGCGCGGCCCAAGCAGGAAAUUGUGCAGACCAGACGUCCUGAUGGGCCACCAAAGGUCUUCAACUAGACCCGCCAACCCCCUCUACAGGCUGUUUGUUGACCUACAACACAGCACGCCCUCUCCUUCUCUCUCUCUCUCUCUCUCUCUCUCUCUCUCUCUCUCUCUCUCUCUCUCUCUCUCUCUCUCUCUCACUCUCAUCUUUGCACUCACAGAGGGCGCUGCUGCCGCUGUCAUUCCAGCUCAAAAACAGACAAACAUUGCUCCAGUUUUUGUAAGCCAUCGGAUGAGACGGCUCGGAGGAAACGCAUGAGGGGACACACACACACACACACACACGCACGCACACACACUAGCACACACCCAACCACUCCUCGCAUUGUCCAGUGGGGCACCCUUGGCUCUGCCCCGGCCUGCCGAACCUCUGCAGACAUGGACACACACACACACACACACACGCACACGCACACACACACAUCACACUCGUUACACGCAUCGCUAGUCCAGUUAGCGUGUUAGUACCCUGCACACCUAAUUGUUUCGUUUAGCGAUGGCUCGUGUGUUUCGGGGUGAUUUGCACUUUUUUUUUUGGUCCGUUUUUUUCCAUUCAUGUUCAUAUCAGCUCGCAUCGGGAUGCAUGUAUAUACUCGACAGCGUGAAACAAUACUAAUAAAGUGAAUAUUAAACGUCCCACACACUGCACGGAGUGCCAUAUGUGACUAACAAAAAAAGUUGUGGUGGCUGAAUAUUUCUCCCUUUUGUAAUUUAAUUUCACUAUUAGAUGUGUGUUCUUAUUGUGUAUUUGAUACACUUUUUGCAUGCUUAAAACACAAAAGUUUUUCUUUGUUUGCAUGCAGAACUUCAAAAUGGCGUCUUUUGGUCAUUUUCUUCUCCUUCGUUUGAAUUUUUCAAACUCCUCCCGUGCUGUCAAUGUCAUUUUCUAUCGCCCAUUCGGAUCACCACUCCUUUUUGCAAGGGUGGGAGCGUCCUCCCGCUUUUUUCCGGCUUGUACAUAGCGCUUGGUAUUUGUAGAUGCUUUUCUAGUCAAAGAGGGAAAGCUGCCUGAUGAGAUGUCAACCAAAGCAUUCUCACGUAUUUCCUUCAGUGAGAGGGAAUGACAGUAAAUAUGUGGUUAUUGAAUGCGUCUUCACCCACACGACUUUAGGAUUAUCUUAAGCAUUCGCCUUUUUUUUUGUUUGUUUGUUACAUGUCCGCUUUGUGUGUUCAGUAAUGCUAAUAAGACGUAAAGAAAUGAACAAUCAGUGAACUUAAUAAUUAAGGGUUCACUGGAUCUAUUUGGAGUCGUAGACAGACCGAGGAAAGCACACUGGCUGGGAUGCUUAAGGAGGUACUCACGUACAGCUUAUCAGGCGGUUGGUUAGCAACUGAACUGGGGUCAUCAAUAUGUGGCGAUCAUAUCGAUCAUGCCACGCACUGUGAGAGUGACAAGCACAUGCAUGGAAAUGUUUUCUUACUUUAAAAAAAAAUCUGUACAGUAUGUGUUGUAUCUUGAUUCAGAUGUUAGCAGCAGCUGCGUGAGUUUACGAGAUGCUAACCAGGCUAACGGCUAACAAUGAAGACGCUUUUUGGUCCAUGCACUCAGUUGCUCCAAGACACAAAUCAAAAUUGUCCAUAGGUGUGAAUGUGAGUGGAGAUGAUCGUUUGCCCUGUGAGUGACCUGCAGCCGGUCGAGGAUGGGAUAAGCCCCAGUUCACACCCGCGAAUAAGAUAAAUUAGAACAGAAAGUAUAGAAAAUGGAUGGAUGGAUUAUUAAUCCAACUUUACAUUUCUUCAUUCAUUUGUUCACGCCUUAUUACGUACAUUAGCGUAGGGUAACAAGAACCAUACAAGAUAGACUACACCCAAAAAGUUCGAGAUAUUUGUAUCGUAUGGUUCGGGUGGAAUUUCGGAAAAGGCACUAUCGCACCGAUUUGCACAAUUUGCUGUUCUUUUACAACAGCUAAAUACAUACAAUUCACAAUACAUGAGUUGAGCAAUACAUUUCCAGUUACGUUCACUAUUAUGCAUCUCUGUGACUCUUCUACUUUAUGCAGCAGUUUGGCAAACAUUAAAAAAAUACAUUAAAAAAAAAGGCUUGAAUAUGUUUAAUGCCACGCCCAAUUGAAGUUUACCAUCACAUUAAAGCUUGUGUUAUUUAAAACUACAUAGCUUCUCCUGAUUAAAAAGUUUGCUUAAUUUAAUGCUAACAAAUGCCAUUGACAUGCUAAUGGUUAGCAUUGUUGCUUGGUUUUAGAAGCAAUUGAUAUUUAAAGGCAAUCGGUAGAGCAACGUAUGUAGACAGAUAAUAUAACAAUAGUCACAGGCAUAUGUUCUUUAUCCUCUCAGAGGAAUGACGAGUAUUCAAGCAUCUUACUGAGUCACACAACAGUAGUAGCAAAGAGGUCGAUUCUGUUUUUUUUGUCUGCAUGUCUGUACAGCAGGGCUCACCAAUGUGGUACCCACGGGUACCAGUUAGCCCCCAAGGACCACAUGAGUAGCCCAAAGGUUAUUCUAUGGAUUAUUCCAUUGAUUCCGGGGGUAAUGGCUCCGCCACCUGAUUUCUCCUGCCCACCCCUUAUAAUAAUAAUAAUAAUAAUAAUAAUAAUAAACGGAAUUUGGGCAAAUGUGUUCUUUCAGAAGUGUGCAUCAUUUGGUCGCCCUUCACACUCAUCAGUAGCCAAUGAGUAGUUUGGUGACACCUUCUGUAGAGUAUCAUACUGUCUCCUGGUGGCCAAGGCGGGUACACCAGAAGGGGCAGCACAAUGAAUUGAUAAUAGCAUGAAAUAAUAUUGCACAAACUGUUUCAUUCUUUACAUUCUCUUUAUUUCGUUCAACAUGUAUGGUUUUAUAAAGUACAAUUAGCAAUCAUAGAAUACUAUGUUUCCUCAUUUAAAAAAAAAAAACACUUGACAUGAGUGGAGUGCAACAGAACAAAUGUAUAAGAGUUCCUCUGAGGGCUUCUUUUUUUUUUUUUUUAACAUUUUCAUGGCAUGUGGGCUCCUUGGGCUGUUUAUGGCCCACAUGCCACACGUUGCCCACCAUUGCAUAAACCUGGUUCAUUAUCACAUUUCAGAUGGUAAGAUUGCGAUUUUUAGUAUGCUAAAAGAUGCAUGUCAGCACUUUAACUCUGUUUUUGUGAUUGCCUCCUUUGCACCAGUUCAGAAGCACAUUAAUUUUUUUUGGUUUGUGUUCGUCCCACACCUUAACUGGCCUUCACGAGCAUGUGGCACUCGUUUUUUGUUUGUUUGUUUGUUUGUUUUUUCCCGUGUCACAACAUCACAGCUGUGGCUUUUUUUGUUGGCCCUCAAAACAAAAGCAUCCCCUUAACGUUUUUCAUCAAGAUGUCGAUGUGUGACAUAGAUACGGAAGCAGCUUGGUGGGACCCGACUUAAAGGGCCAGCGACAUGACUUUUUUGUACUCUCUGUGCUCACAGAUGUGUGUGUACGUGUAUAUUCUUGUACAUAUGCCAAUUUUUUUAUGUUGCUGAGGGCGCUGUCCCAGCCGUGUGUUCGCGUACACGCGCGCUUUGUCACGGCUUCUCUUGGACGAUGUUGAUGAUGAAGAAGCGCACUGAUCAUUUCAGAGGAAAAAGCUCAAUGAUGUUUGUCACUAUUGUAUUGUUUUCUUUGUUUAUUUUGUUGUCAAAUAUUUUGGUUGACACGUGACUAAUAUGUCUUGUUCGGUAGGAAAAUCCAGAAAACAAAGUAGCAAAAUGAGCAAUAAUUUACAGUUGUGAUACCGGUACAAGUAUGUGUGUUUUCAUGUUCUUUCUCUCUUGACAGUAUCUGCUUCUAUUUGUGUAGUAUUGUUUCACAUAGAGAACAUACAUAAAAACUGCUUCUUAAAAGCCACGUUUGGUGUCUUUUAUAAUAAGCCAAUGUAUGUUUAACCUGCUUUAUGGCUCGAAAUUGACCUACCAAUGUCUUAUUAACAGAUGAAUGUUUUAUGAAGGUGUAAAGGUUGACUACCGUAAUCUUUUUAAAGAAGUAUCCACAUCA